CGUAAGUGUCGGUAUUUACCUGUCAAUAUACGGAAUAACCUAACCGGCCGAAUAACGUGGAUUAUUUCUAGCUUCGACUAGAAAACUGCAAAAGAUUAUCUUCACGGUCCAGCCAUGGGUAUGAGCGGGGCGGCGUGGAGGGGAGAGGGGGAUUUAAAUUUCCCUUUCGCCUAACAGCUUCUUUUGAUUUGAAGUAAGCGGUGCAGCGGAGCACAAACCAGCUGUGCUCCUUUACACGUUUGGUGAGAUAAAAGUUGCUGUUCGUCGAUUUCAGAACAGGUUGAAUUCAGAUAUUCGGGUUUGUUCGUUUUUUGUUCACAUUUUUUGGAGUUUUCGGUUUUCCUGGAGAGCAGAAGUGGCGAACUGAAAGCGACUCGCCGAGUCGGGACUGACCACUGGAGUUGGUCCUGAAAAUGGAGGCUGUUAUCGAGAAGGAAUGCAGCGCGCUUGGAGGACUCUUCCAAACUGUUAUCGGAGACAUGAAAAGCAGCUACCCUAUUUGGGAGGACUUCAUCACCAAGGCCGGCAAACUGCAGUCGCAGCUCAGGGCGACAGUAGUUGCUGUGGCUGCUUUCCUGGAUGCCUUUCAGAAAGUGGCCGAUCUGGCUACCAACUCACGAGGUGGGACCAGAGACAUUGGAUCAGCAUUGACCAGGAUGUGUAUGAGACAUCGCAGCAUAGAGGCUAAACUCAAGCAGUUCUCCAUGGCCUUCCUGGAGGGUCUGAUCAACCCUCUACAAGAACAGAUGGAGGAGUGGAAAAGGGGAGUCAACACUUUGGACAAGGACCAUGCUAAAGAGUAUAAAAGAGCCCGGCAGGAAAUAAAGAAGAAGUCCUCGGACACACUGAAACUUCAGAAGAAAGCAAAGAAAGCUGAUAAUCUAGGUCGUGGUGAUAUCCAACCCCAGUUGGACAGCGCCAUGCAGGAUGUCAGUGAUAAAUACAUUCUGCUGGAAGAGACAGAGAAACAGGCUCUGAGGAAGGCUCUGAUAGAGGACAGGCAGAGAUUCUGCUGUUUCGUUGCCAUGCUGCGUCCUGUAGUGGAUGAGGAGAUUUCAAUGUUGGGAGAGGUCACCCAUCUCCAGACUAUCUCUGAUGACCUCAAAGCCCUGACCUCUGAUCCCCACAAGCUUCCUCCUGCUAGUGAGCAGGUGAUCUUGGACCUGAAGGGCUCAGACUACGGUUGGUCAUAUCAAACGCCGCCCUCAUCCCCCAGCACCACAAUGUCCAGGAAGUCUAGCAUGUGCAGUAGUCUGAACAGCGUUAACAGUAGUGACUCCAGGGGAUCCAGUGGCUCUCACUCUCAUUCUCCUUCCUCCUCUUCUUCCUCCUCUUCCUCACACCACCUCUUCCACCACCAUCACCCCCGCCAUCGGUACCGCAGCUCCACGCUACCACAGCAGGCCCCAGCUCGGCUCUCUAGCAUCUCCUCCCACGACUCGGGCUUUAUUUCUUCAUCACACGACCAAUACACAUCGUCCAAAUCAUCCUCGCCCAUGCCAGCUGAAACAAAGCCUUGUCCCAGUUCCAGGUCCUCUGAGGUGUCAGAGACUGGGCAGCUUCACAGUGACUGCAGCUCCCCCUGUUCUCUAGCUGCUGCUACUGCACCUCAGCACACUACUGACAAGUUGUCCAAUGGUUUUGACCACUACAGUCCAGCCAGUUCCCCCUACCUGCACAGCAACGGGGGGAGUUUGGGCUCAGGGUCAGGCACCGCCUUCCCCUUCUUCCCUGCUCCCUCCUCAUCAUCCUCCACCUCCUCCUCCUGCCCCACCCGUUCAUGGUCACGGCCCACCUCAGCCUUGCUGCCAGACUACCCUCACUACUGCACGUUGGGCCCCAUGGUGCCCUCAUCACGAGUUCCCAGCUGGAAGGACUGGGCUAAGCCAGGCCCUUAUGACCAGCCCAUGGUCAACACACUGAGGAGAAAGAAAGAUAAGGAGACCCCAGCUGUAUUGGACACUAAUGGUAGUGUGAGUAAUGACAGCAGCCCAGCCUCCAUCUCAACCUCAGCACCAGCUCCGGCGCUACAAACGUCAGCAUCAGUGGAGGAGAAGAACAGGACUGCGGCUGCACCUCUCAAGGUUGUUGAUAUCGAGGCCCAUGAGGAACUGGCUCUGGCCUUAUCCAGAGGUCUGGAACUGGACACCCAGAGGUCCAGUAGAGACUCCAUCCAGUGUUCCAGUGGCUACAGCACGCAGACCAACACACCCUGCUGCUCUGAAGACACAAUACCUUCACAAGUAUCAGACUACGACUAUUUCUCAAUGGCUGGAGAUCAGGAGCCUGAGCAGCAGCAGCUGGACUUCGACAAGUCCUCCACCAUCCCCAGAAACAGUGACAUCAGUCAGUCCUACCGACUCAUGUUCCAGAGCAAACGGCCAGCCUCCACAGCCGGCCUGCCCAGCACACAGACUCCUUACCCCGGACAGGGGGUCUACCCUGCAGGGCCCUAUCCCCCCACACCUAUCCACACUGGAGCUUAUCCUCCUACCCCUACAGGCUCAGGUCAGGGCUUUUAUACUGGAUCCAGCGUCCAUAAUACCUCUGGCUCCUAUUCUACAGGCCAUGGUCCAGUUAUCGUCACCCCUGGGGUUGCCACAAUCCGUCGCACGCCCUCUUCAAAACCGUCCGCCCGCCGUUCAGGCUCAGUUGUAGGCACGGGGCCCAUCCCCAUUCGUACGCCUGUCAUCCCAGUGAAAAUCCCUACGGUGCCUGAUAUGUCAGGAGCAAUUAAUGGGAGCAGGAGUGCAGAGGAGAUGGGAGGAGGAGCAGGAGAAGAAAGCCCAGAUUCUCCAACAUUUGCAGGAGGCGGGGAUGCUGGCACACUGCCUAUGGUGUCCUGGAGUGGUCAGGCUACAACCAAUCCUCCAACUGUACCCCUGCCAAACCAGCAGCACCUUCAGAGUGAGAUCGGGCAGGAAGGGGGAGGAGAUGAGACAGGAGAAGGAGGAGAAGGCAACAUGCUGGUGGCCAUUCGCAAGGGGGUCAAGCUUAAGCGAACCCUCACCAACGACCGCUCCGCACCACGCAUCGCGUAAUGGCAUGACACAAGAGAUAUGUGAGCUCACAGAAGAGAGGCUUGCCCUUCAUUGCAUUUGUAAAUGAGGUCAGAAACGCGAUGUACAGAAUCAAAAGGCUUCUUAUGCUAGUAUGAGAAAUCAACUACACCUGUUCUACAUGUAGCAUUUCUCAUUCUGUAAAUUUCCACCAGAAGCCGUCUAAAAUGAUUCAGACAAGAAAAUAUAUAGAAUUCAUGUAAAACCAGGUUUGUUGACAGAUUGGUUUGGACCUAAAGUAGAUCACAGGCCCACCUUGCAUAAGUUGAGUAAUUGUUCAAGCCUGUACUGGUACAAGGAUAAGACCUAAUUUCUUACCUAGGCCCUUGAAUGAAGAUUUUGGCCUAAGCACUAAAAUGUUUUUGCAAAGUCGAGCCCACAGCUGCGUAAUAAAAAACAUAAGGUUGUUUUUUUUGUCACAUUACACCACACUAUUGUUAAUUCUUUAAGAUUCAUUUUGCAGACACGUAUCCAGUAUUCUCCCUGAAGCAGAGGGUUGGACAAGAACAUGUCUACGCCUCUUCUCAGUGUAAAAAGAAAAAACACUGUAUUAUAUGUAAACAGUCAUUGUUUAGGGAGUGCAUUGUACUAUCGUGGGAUGAAUAAGCAUUGCAACUGCCAAGCGACUUGGCAGAGGGAGCGCAACAACUAAUCCAAGUAACUACACAGCAUCAAGAGAACAAUAUUCAGGUGGAGUAACGGCUCCAGUGGUCGGCUCUCGAUCGCACCAUUUGGCAUCUCCUGAACUGUACUGACUGCUUACUUGGAGGGACGCCAUGAUGGCUGUAGGCGUUGUCAAAGCUGUCUUCCACUCGCAGUUCAAAUACUUGACUAUGUGAGUUGCCCACAGUGCCGACAUAGGCAGGGGUGUGAUCGAUAAGAAGCAAAUGACCUGACUUUGUGUCCAAGUCAACGUUGUAGGAGUGACUACAGCGUCACAUAGUUGAUGCUGUGACAUUAAGAGACACUACGAGUUACAUCCUGUUUUGUUUAAGUUGUUUUAAUAUUUACAUGAUGUGUAAAUAGUUUUUGCACGUUUCUGUUGCUGAGGAGUGUGUUGGUGCUUCUCGCUUUCUGUACCUUUGCUACGUUUCCUUUUGCUCUUCCACGGUGCCACAGUCAUUAAGUUUCACAUCUUUAAACAGGAGUUUAUAUUAUAAUCAUCAAUCCCCAUGUGAAUUGGUUUUAUUUUUCAUAUUUUUCCAGUAUGAAUCUCAUCGAAGCUGCAAUAUCUACAUGCUGAGCUUUGUAGAACUCCUCAGUGGUUUGUGUUUAUAUAUUAGCCCUUAUAUAUUAGCCCCUUUUUCUUAUAGCAUUUAUUAGCCAUACUGCAACCUGCUGCGCAUUCAUUGCUCAUAACAUCACUAAUAAAUGUCAGAUGUGCCAACUCAACACUACAUUAAUUCAAAUUUAUAUAUGUUAUUAAAAAUUUUAUAGACGUUAAUGAGGAAAAAUAUUUUCUGGAUGUUUUGAAAGUUAUGAGUAGAAGGUGUAAUUGUUAAUGCCACACUGUUUUUAUUGCUCUGUCCGAUUGAACUCUUUGUUGGCUUUGAAACGCAUGUAGCAUGUAUGCUCAUGUCCUUUUGAUUAAUUAGGUUUUCACAUCUGUGUUUUCAUUUAUGUGAUUGCAUCCAAUGUGACAAGUCUGGUACGUGCAGAUUUCGUUACCUGAAAAAUUAGGAAAUUGGAUCAAAAUCCAUUGAAUAAUUUAAGAAAUACAGCAUGUUAGCAUAGGCACAUUUUAAAAUAUUCUGUUCUAUCUGAACAGUAAGAUGUUUUGGAGGUAUGAGGCUUUCCUCAGACUGCAGCGUUGUAAGACUAUAGACUACAAGCGAUUAAUAUCCCUGAGUUACAGUCUGUAUUUUGAUUUUAAUUUCAGUUCAAGCACUGUGAGACCUAUUACAAGAUGUAUGAAUCUGUAAAUGUUAUUAAGCUGUACAAGGUAGUCCAUUAACUCACACAUUUUUAAUUUAUUUUCCACUUUCUGUCUUCAAGUCUUUUCCUUUCUCAACCUAUCUCUAUUUUUAUACGUACAUAUAAAAUAUCAGAGUAAUAGAGUUGUUUCCUCUGUCUGUGCAUGUACUAUCAAAUUGUGUGUUGCAUCAUCAGUGUAAUAUUCAUGACUGUCCUGCCAUGUUUCAUCACGUCCCUUAUUUCACAGACACAUGCAUAAAGUGCAUUUUGAUAAUCACAAGUGUAUUCCUCUGACUUCCUGGUACCAACAGAAGUCAGAAACAUGUAUAAAAAAGUUGAAAGGAGUUUUAGUUUUGUAAUGGAGAGGCUUGCAUCAGUAUUAUGGGUUCAGAUUUGGGGAGAAAUGUUGAUUUGCAUGAUGCAGAACAGGUGGCAACAUGCAAACUUUAAACUGUUCCCUGAGGGUUAUUUUGAAUUUAUGAGUUUGUACCCCAGUUAAUUUAGCUAAAAUGUUAAUGAACACUUUAUCUGACAGGCAUCUUAUCAGAUUUGAACAAAUGGCAUGCUACCCACAAUGUCAGCCUAGUCUCACCUUAGUUUCCCAAAGACAUCUUUGCAUGGAAAUCCAGUUUGUUUCUGUAUUUUUAACAGAUGUGUUCUGUAUUAAAUGUAGUAGAAAGAUACAAUCAGCAGGAUGCCAGCAAAAGAAGGCAAAAACAAAGAUAUCAUCUCUGUCCCUGAAUUAAGGACAUAAUGUGAACAGGAGUAUGCGUCAUAAACCACCCACACAUUUAAUACUCCUGUACUUUUUAAUUUCAACAGAGCAACGAUAAUAUUACCGCUUAGAUGUUUUGGGAAAUCCAGCAUUCAGUUCUCGAUACUAUUGUUGAUGUUAAUAUUUUUUGCUUUUGUUUGUUUUUUGGCCGUCCACCUGUCUAAAACGUGUAUUAUAAACCUGUAAUUUCCAUAUUUAAAUUGAUAGCACAUAUAUUACAUCAGAGUUGCCAAAUGUCAGUAUAUCCUAUGAAUAAGAAGUUUAUAGUCUGUGAGGGUUUGAAAGUAUGAUUAAACCUGUUCUCUAGUUUAGUUUUUAGCUUAUUUUCCCCCUGAGGAGAGUUGACCUCUCUGUCUGUCCCUGUACAGUUCAGCAGGCUAUGACGUAGUUUGUUUCAGGAAGUAAAAAAUUGUUAUUUUUUGUGUAAUGAAAGCUUUAGCAAUAUAAUAAAAGUAUACAUUUUG